UCAUGUGAUCAGCUGUGUCCAAUCACAGCUGAUCACAGCUCGAGAGGAGAGCCGGUAAUCGGCUUUCCGCGGAGAGGACAUGUACACUGAUCAUCAGGGCACUGAUGAUCUGUGUGCCCUGAUGAUCAGUGUAGCCCCAGCAGCGCCACCUGUCAGUGUCCAUCAGUGCCUUGUGCCAGUGCUCAUCAGUGCCUCAUGCCAGUGCCCAUCAGUGCCACAUCAAUGCCACAUAUCAGUGCCUACCAGUGCAACAUCAAUGCCACAUAUCAAUGCCCAUCUGAGCUGCCUUUCAGUGUCACCCAUCAGUGCCAGUCAGUGCCACCUAUCAGUGCUGCCUAUCAGUGCCAUGUAUCAGUGCCAUGUAUCAGUGAUGUCUUUA